UGAGAGCUUUACUGGGAAGGGGAGGGGCCGGGGCGUGGGCAGUUGAGGAAAGAGCCCGGAUCCGGCCCCGCGACAGGUUUUACCUCCGAGCUGCUGCAGUGCCGCGGUAGACCGCUCGCUCCACCUGUCCGAGUGCCACCUGGUGAGCGCGGCGCCGGGGACAAGCCCCUCCUCCCCGGCCGUCUUCGCUGCCCUGAGCCUAGUGCCCAGUCCUGGCCCUCUGGGCUCUGACCCGCGUUUCCCCUCUUCUCCCCUUCUCUCAGAUUUCUGCCAGGCUGAACAAGCGCUCCCAGUGACCUCGGGGGGAAAGCGGCUCUCAGACAACUUUGGAGCAGAGUGGGGAAGGCGGCGGGCCACCAUGCCGCGCUCUUUCCUCGUCAAGAGCAAGAAGGCUCACAGCUACCAUCAGCCGCGGUCCCCGGGGCCAGACUACUCCCUGCGUUUAGAGAACGCACCGGCGCCCGGCCGAGCAGACAGCAGUUCCAGUGCUGGCGAGCCGAAAGCGGAGCCCCGAGACCGUUUGUCCCCUGAGUGUGAGCUGACCGAGGUUCCGGACGGAGCCUCCGCGUCCCCGGACAGCUGCGAGGGUAGCGUCUGCGACCCCAGCUCCGAGUUCGAGGACUUCUGGAGGCCUCCUUCGCCCUCUGCUUCUCCAGCCUCGGAGAAGUCCCUGUGUCAGUCUCUGGACGAAGCCCAGCCCUUUCCCCUGCCUUUUAAGCCCUACUCGUGGAGCGGCCUGGCGGGUUCCGACCUGCGGCACCUGUCAGCGCCCGCAUCCCGCAGCCCCUCUCAGCGGCCUUCUCCCCGGCCCCACCCGCCUCAGGUGUUCUCCACGCCGCACGGGCUCGAGGUGCACGUGCGCAGGUCCCACAGCGGCACGAGACCCUUUGCCUGCGAGAUGUGCGGCAAGACCUUCGGGCACGCAGUGAGCCUGGAGCAGCACAAAGCCGUGCACUCGCAGGAACGCAGCUUUGACUGUAAGAUCUGUGGCAAGAGCUUCAAGAGGUCAUCCACACUGUCCACACACCUGCUUAUCCACUCAGACACUCGGCCCUACCCCUGUCAGUACUGUGGCAAGAGGUUCCACCAGAAGUCAGACAUGAAAAAACACACCUUCAUCCACACAGGUGAGAAGCCCCACAAGUGCCAGGUGUGUGGCAAGGCAUUCAGCCAGAGCUCCAACCUCAUCACGCACAGCCGUAAACACACAGGCUUCAAGCCCUUUGGCUGCGACUUGUGUGGGAAGGGUUUCCAGAGGAAGGUGGAUCUCAGGAGGCACCGGGAGACACAGCAUGGGCUCAAAUGAGCACCUCGGCUGGCUGCAAACAGCAGUGACACAACACUACAGAGGCAGCUUCUGCUUGCUUCCAGCCCAUUUGGACUUCUCAGGCCCUCCAGGCCAGUCUGCAGAUCCCACCAGAGUGAUUCCCCUUCACCUUACUUCCUGGAGCUGCCAGAGGGAUUGAGGUACUUUUCGGAGUUCUUCUCAGAGUGGGAACCACAGCAACUUCCUAGGCUUUAAUCUCCUCUACAUGAAGAUAUGAAGUCAAAUGGGGAUGAUAAAAGCUUGGCAUUUCCAUCCUUUUCCAUUGGCAGAAAUCCUUCAAGUGUCUUUCCUUUUCUGAAUUCCUCAGAUAACUGUGUCGAAGAGGAGGAAUCACCAUUUACAAGUGGACACGUUAAUGCUGCUUUCUAUCUAGACUGUGGUUAAUGCUUCUUCUGAGAACUCUGUUAACCCCAUUUCUUUUGGGCACUGCAUGUAAUGUAGAUCUUGGGGGAAUCAUUUCUCCUCCUUGAAGACUGGUUCAGAAACUGAUUUGGGGAAGGAGCUUUAUUCUUUCAAAAUCACCAGAUGCACCAUUAUGCUCACCCCAGGAAGAAGCAAAAAAGUGGACUUGGUGGUAAGGGGAUUUAAGGUCCUCUUGGUAAGAAGCCUAUGAAGGCCUCAUCAGAAGAGGUUUUUAAAAAAAUGGAACAAUGCCUGUGGACAGGAAGUCAUUCAUUCACUCUGCAACUGUUUUUUGACCACUGGUACCAAGGUCCUAGGCAUCAUGGUAGGUACCGGGGAGCCAGAGUUUCAAGUCUCAUUCUGUCUCUGCCUCUCAAAAGCUAAUGGUUUCACCUCAAAUGACUGGGGUCUAUUCUUGUUCUCCAGUGGCUUUCUGAGAAGACAGUCAACAAUCUCAAACCUUCUCUUUCAACCCUUUCAGAUUUUAUACAGUGUAAACAAAAAAGUAACUGCAGAGUUACUUCAAAGUUUUUUAGUGUUAAUUUGAUAUUUCUAAGAUGUUUGAAUGGUAGGCGUGAGUGUGUGUGUGAGGGGCAAAGGCUCUGUAUUUAGCUCUUCAGCCUUUCAUGUGUACCAUAUAAGGGGAAAAGGUAUUUUAGGUUUGUACAUGUUUUUAGACUUCUGGAGUGUGUUAUGUUCGUUAAUACAUAUUUAUUAGAGUGAUGUUUAAGUUAAUAAAGUAUUAAGAUUACUACAGAUUGCUUUUCUUUUAGGCAGGAAAUUUGUUUUUCCUGUAGAGGAAGCUGGCACUUAAGGAAAAUACAGUGAAAUGGAAAAGCGAAGCAGACAAGGCAGCAUACAAAGAGAGUAAAAUCCAAUUGCUCGUUUCCAUUUUUUUCCUUUAAUGUCUCACAGAAACAUUUUUCAUAACAACAAAACCCCUGGAAUUGUAUAAAACUAAGAUCCUACCUUAUAGAAUCCCUGUUGGGCCCAUAGGUACAACAGCUGUUUUCUUUGAGAAUCUCAAAUUGUGUUUUUACAGCCAGAGUCUCCCAGAUGAAUCAAGGAAUUCAAGGCUUUGGUCUGAUUUGGGCAACUCCUCUGACUUCCCUGAUACCAGCUGACCUGACCAUAAAAUGUGGAUAUGGUCCUACCAUUCCAUCCAACUCUGUUUACUUUGAUUCUCUGGAAACUGGAGAGGAGAAAAAGUAUGAGAUUGGUUAGCCACUCACUGAAAGCAAAUUACAAAUCUAAAGAUGAAUGAGUUCCAGCUACUUGGGAGGCUUAGGAGGAUCCCAAGUUUGAAUCUUGUCUGGACAACCAAGCACAACCUUGUCUCACAAUAAUCAGUAAAUAAAAAGGACUGGGGAUGUUCUCUCUAGUUUUAAUCCCCAAUACCACAAAACAAACAAACAUAAAAUAAGAUACACACAAUAAAGUAAAAUGGGACCUGGGUUAUUUCUUGUU